CCCCCGCUCUCCCGGCUUCGCCUCAGGGCUUUCCCGCCCUCCGCCGCCGCCUCAGCGCGGGGGCCGAGCGAGCGGCCGCUCCGCUGGUGGUAACGGGGCUGCUGGCACCGGCACCCGCCCGGGGAUCCCCCCCCAGUCCCCAGCGGGACCCUCUCGGCUUCGGGAGCCACGCCAUGGCAUCUCCACGGACUUCAGUUUUUUGGGAGGACUAAAUGGCAAGCGAAUGGACUGCUUGAAGCACUGGGUUUGAUUGCUUAAGAGAAGGGGCUCUGCUGAGAUACCCCACAGGAAUCUGUCGGGUAUCUCUGUCAUCCCAGACUCUUCCCUGAUAUGGAACAAAGUGAAGGUGAACAGGAAUCCCAGGCAGAGAAUCACGUGGAGAGCAAGAGCAGCGUGAAAUCCUUGCCUGGGGGAACAGCCCAUGUCAAACUAGAGAUAAAAAAACAUGCAGUUACAGACGACUACAAACUCUCCAAACGUGUGCUAGGGUUAGGAAUCAAUGGCAAAGUACUGGAGUGUUUCAACAAGGAGACAGGCCAGAAAUGUGCUUUGAAGCUCCUGUAUGACAACCCCAAAGCCCGGCAGGAGGUCGAGUAUCACUGGCGAGCCUCGGGCUGUCCUCACAUUGUCCAUGUCCUGGAUGUGUAUGAGAAUAUCCAUAAUGGAAAGAGAUGCCUGCUCAUUGUCAUGGAAUGCAUGGAAGGAGGAGAGCUGUUUAGCAGGAUCCAGGAGAGAGGAGACCAAGCUUUCACUGAGAGAGAGGCCUCUGAAAUAAUGAGAGACAUUGGGACAGCCAUCCAGUACCUGCACUCCAUGAACAUUGCACACAGAGACGUCAAGCCUGAAAAUCUGCUUUACACAUCUAAAGACAAAGACACUGUGCUCAAACUCACAGACUUCGGCUUUGCCAAAGAAACCACUGUAAAUGCACUGCAGACCCCCUGUUACACUCCUUAUUAUGUGGCCCCAGAAGUCCUUGGUCCUGAGAAGUAUGACAAAUCAUGUGACAUGUGGUCAUUGGGUGUCAUCACAUAUAUUCUCCUGUGUGGGUUCCCUCCAUUCUACUCAAACACUGGUCAAGCCAUUUCUCCAGGGAUGAAGAGAAGAAUUCGGAUGGGGCAAUAUGGAUUUCCCAAUCCAGAGUGGGCUGAAGUAUCAGAGGAAGCCAAACAACUCAUUCGCCAUUUACUGAAGACUGACCCAACAGAGAGGAUGACAGUCUCUCAGUUUAUGAAUCACCCUUGGAUUAAUAGAUCAAUGUCAGUGCCACCAACUCCUCUUCACACUGCACGGGUCCUGCAAGAGGAUAAAGACCACUGGGAUGAAGUUAAAGAGGAGAUGACCAGUGCUCUGGCUACCAUGAGGGUGGACUAUGACCAGGUGAAAAUCAAAGACUUGAAAACGUCCAACAACCGCCUCCUGAACAAGCGCCGCAAGAAGCAGAAGCAGGCGGGCGCCUCCUCUGCGGCCUCGGGCUGCAACAACCAGUGAGGGCAGAAGCCAAGAGGGACCUGUGGGUGGAGGGUAAAAGUUAAACAGAGCCAUUUAAAAUCGCGUGAUCGCCUCAGUCCACACCACAAAGGCAAUGAGACCGUGAAGAUGCUGUCCUGCAAAGAGGGAACAGUGUGAUAAUGUUUUGAUAACUUGAAUCAGGGCUUUGCUUUUGAAGCUAAUGGAUCUGAUAUGAUUCUGUUGCAUAUUGCAAGGGAAGAUACAGUAAUGCCAGAAAUGUUACCAGAAAGGUUUUUGCUUUGGCUUUAGCUGUGUAGGACAAGAGGAGAGAACAGGAGGCAGUCUCAGCGCAUAAAUGCACUGAGGCUUUAACAGCCAUCUACAAGAGUAACUUCUGCUGCUGUUUUAAACUGGGGAAUAGGAAAGUGCCAAGUGUUCUGCUAAGAGUGUUUUAGUAGUUUAGUAGAAUUGGUAAUAGUCUAUAUUUCCAAACUUACCUCCUAUAGUUACAGAAUAUCACCUAAACUGUAAACAGUUAUUCUUGUUACAGGAAAAAAAGCAUCCAUACAUUUCCAUUUCCCUAAAGUCUUCUGUGUAGUCUCAUGUGAAGAUUUGAAUUUGUCAUGGAUUCCCAUUUGAUAACCUGUAAAUUUUCUGAGCUGUAGCCAGUAUGUUGUAUCUUUGCCACUGUCAGACCCCUCUCUUGUAAUGUUUUCAAUUUAACUGAUACUUUAUGUGAAGAGUUUCAGUCAGGAUUUAAGUAAUUGAAAGUAUCCUGCAGAGAAUAUUGCUGUUCCCCUUGGACCCACAACCUCCAAGGCAUGCAGCUGGACAUGCAAGGGAUUGAUUUAGAAGAGAGACUUCUGAAAUUCAGGGAAGAAGUGGCAAAUGCAUUUCUCUGAAUGGACCCUGGUGUCUGCCAGCAUCCUUUCUGGUAAUUAUCUCCAAAUCCUGUGCCUAAGAUGUGCUGAUCACAGCAAAUGUGGGGUGUUGGGUUGGUUUGUUUCCUGGAGCCAGGAGGGGGAAGGAUGCUACUUUAUUUAUGGUGAUUUGGUGGUGUUUCAGGAUCCAAAGAUUUUCAUUGCUUAAGGGAGAUUACUUUUAAGUACAUCCACCCAUUGUUUUUCCUGUUUUGAUUCUCCUUAUUUCAUGGGAACCUGGCCUUGGUUUGCUGGUCUUAUUUUGUGAUCAAAAUAUUUUCUCUCACUGUAUUUUGGGGUUUGGCUUUAUUUUUAGUUUAGGUGAAGCAAAUAUUUGUGAAAGUGUUAUCACAGUCUGGGAUGAAUAUGAUGUGCUUUCAGUGAUGCAGGCAAAUAUACCUUUGAAGUAGGCACACAGUACUGGUGUGUUAAUAGGCUUGCAAGAAUGUAAAAAGGCAAAAAGAAAAUCAGGGCUCCAGAGGGGAUCUGAAUUGUGAGGUCAGAGUGACACACAGCCAAGCGAAGCUCAAGGCUUUGGACCUCAUCUGAGGAGCCCAGUUCCCAUCUUCAGAGUGGUGAAUGAGACCUCAAUUCUCCUUGGUGAACUGGUCCUAGGGUUGUGUAACAUGAUUUAUUAAAAUCAAUUUUUAACAUUCCUUCCUCCUGUCAUCCCUGUUUUUGUUGAGUUGUUGCAGAGUUUGCAUUGCUUUGCAAGAUACAUUAUGUUGAAGGUGACAGGGAAGGGGAGAAGGAAAGUUUCCAUGAUGUCCACAUUCAAAGGCUGCCCAACUUUGAUCAUUUUAUAAGAUCACAAGGUUUUGGUUUUAAAUAUCAAUCUCUGUAAAGUUGUGUUUUAAAAUUAUUUCAUGUUUCAGGUAUCUGUGAUUAUAGCAUGUCCUGUAUGUUUUUGUUUUGCCAUAUUACUCCAAUGAAUUAUGCAAAUAUUAUUCACUACCUGCAGAUGAAUACUGCAAAUGAAGAGUUGUGAUGUGUUCGGGAUGCAACACUUGGAAUUAGAGCCAUAUCCAAGUUUCUGUCCCUUUAUCUAAACUUUUUUGAGGGAGGUAUAUACAUUAUUGCUGCCUUUCCAUCUCUGUGCCCCACCAGGACAAGCAGUGUAUAGUGCACUGUCCUGUCUGUCUCAAGGACAGAGCCACUGAAACUUGCAAACCAGCUUUUUUCCUGUGCCUUGGCCAAGGUUUGAGCAGGAGCUCUCAGUUCCCACCUGGUACCUCCUGGCCUGUCACUUCAGUCUGGAGCUCAAAGAUGUGUCUGUUCCUGGGUAGUUUUCUGUAAAAAUCCUGUAAAACACACGUGGGCCUGAUUCCUUCCUGUAGGGGUCCAGUAUUUACUGGCGAUCGGGAGCUGGAACUGGGGCACCUGACACAGCACCUUCAGCUUUCUGUCCCUGUGUAGCAGGACAGUCCCAUCUCAUUAAACUCAGAUUAACAGUUCUUGCCUUCUAACCUGCAGCAACAGCACCCAGGAAUGCUGAAAAGCCCUGCAGAAACCAGAGGAGGGCCUCAAAAUGGCAGACAUGGAAGUGUAUGCAAGUAUUGGACAGAAGGGUUUGUGUUUAUUGCACAGAGGGAACAGGGAGAAUCCUUGGGAGCUGGGAGCCAGCUGCCCUGCAAUGUUUGGAGCCUCAAACUGCUCCAGGCACUGCUGCCUUCUGCAUCCCAGUGGAGCAGGACAGCUCAUGUUUUACCUGGAGCUGGGAGGGGCUGCCAGGGACCAGGUUUGGGGUGCAGGCAUUUCCCCAGCAGGGCCUGUGUGCUCCAUGGAGAUGUGGGGAUGUAUAGAGCACCCGAUGGUCUCGGCUCUGCCUGGCCCUGCCACACCACCUGGCCCCUGCCCCUUGGCUCCAAGAGCUCCCCAAAAUCAGCCUGCUUUCAGCUCCCCAAAACCAACCUGCCCUCAGCUCCCCAAAUCAACCUGCCGUCAGCUCCUCAAAUCUGAACCUGCCUUCAUCUCCCCAAAUCUGAACCUGCCAUCAGCUCCCCAAAUCUGAACCUGCCGUCAGCUCCCCAAAUCUGAACCUGCCGUCAGCUCCCCAGAUCUGAACCUGCCAUCAGCUCCUCAAAUCUCAGCCUUCCCUCAGCUCCCCAAAACCAGCCUGGAAUCAGCUCCCCAAACCUGAAUCAGCCAUCAGCUCCCCAACCCUGCAGGAUCUCAGGCCCUGCUCUGGGUGUGUGGCUCUGCAGAAGGUGUUAUCCCUCUGGCUGCCAGCAAGGCUCUGGGGGACGACUCUCCUCCUCCCUGCAUUCUCACACAUUAAAAAGAGCUCUGGUGAGCUCGUGGUGGUGUUUGGGUCUUGCCUCUUCCCCCAGCCAUGUCAUAUAAUAGGCUUUUCAGAACCUGCUGCUCAGGAUCCAAAUUUAUAGCCUGUUUUUAGAAAGGAUAGGCUAUUACAGAACUGAUUAUGCAUUUGCAUAUUCAUCAGCCAUAUAGAGGAGGUAAAGAGCUGGGAAGGGACAGAAGAAAUGAAUGGUCAAUAGAGAAGGCUUCAAGGAGAACACAUAUUAAAAGGUCUAUUUAUUUUUUACAACAGAAGCUAAAAAAAGGACUGUGCACAAUUCCCCACCCCCAUCCCUUUUCACAGCGAUUGCUCAUGGGCCGCUGCCUCCCCUUGUGUUUCCCUGCACUGUGCUCCUCACACACGUGGUUCAUGUGCUCUCACCAGUGCUCUUGCUCUCAUCCACACACAAAUGUGUACCCAGGCACGCAGGAAAUUCCCUCCCUCACUUUCCCAGCUUUUGCACUACACGCCUUCUUACCUCCUUGACCACAUGUGCCACAUGGUGAACAUGGGUUUGACAUGGUACAAUUAAAAACUCACAUUAAUGAUAAAUCUUGGCCUAAUUCUGUGUUUUUCUAUUUGUCAAAACCCAGCAUGCAGUCCUGGGAUUGCUUUUCUGUCUUAACACUUCACUGCCUUGAGUCUGGAAGCCCAAUUACAUAAGUGCUUCUGACUUGUCUGACAUGAGGGAUAAUGAGAAUGCUACAUACUCAGUUUGAUCUAAUUUCCCUGUCCUCUUUUCAGUUCACACUUUAUUUGGCCCAUGUUUAGACAGAGGUGCUUUUGAGCAGAGGAAGGUUUAGUGAGGAUGAGAGAGCCAAAGGUUUUAAUUACUUGCAGGGAAUCAUGAGCACUUACACUGUUUUAAACCUGUGGGCCAGGUGGGGAGGAGGUGUUAAUGUGUGCUCAACUGCUCUGAAGUGUUCUCCUGCUUAGCCCCAGGAUGGAGCCAGUUCAGCUCACAAACCUCAGGGACAAAGAGAAGGAAGCAAGCAGGGAAUGACUCCACAUGCAGGGGAACUCUUUUUUUCUAAGAUUAAAUGUUUUGGGAGGUCUUUAUUCUGGAAAUAUCAGGAUUUUCUUUUUUUUUUUAGGUGCCAAUAUUUCCCUUCUUCACCCAAACGUUCUCAGUAGUGGAGCUGGCAAAGCUGGGAAUGGACAGGGUUAAUUCUCUUUUAGAGAACCUAAAAAGGAUGAAGGCAAUGAAGCAAACUUGCAAAGCAGAGAAAACACACUCAAAACAAAAAAAUCUUGUUAAAAAUUCUUGCAAGCUAACAGGCAAGUCCUCAUCUCUGUACUGAAAUGUACCUCACCUGUGGAAAAUAGAGGUUAGAGCAAAUCUAGGUAAUAACGUUCGCUGAGGAAAUGUUUCCCUGAAAUCUUUGCACCAGGUAAAAAAAUUAUUUUCGAUCAUUAAGUCCAGCUUUGAAAUAAGAUUAUUUAUUUUCAGUUUGUGUGGUUAGAGGAAUUUAAUGGAGCAAAGGGAGCAGAAAUGGGGGAUGAUAUGUCAUGUUGAAGAGUAAGAUAAGAAAUGUCUGCUGUUGUAUUCUACUCCUACUUACUUUUUACCACAGGUGCUACCUCUGUACAGACAUAGCAAGAUAAAUUCAACUCUUUAUUAGUCUUUUUUAGCACUGGAGAAGGAGGAUGUUGCUGCACUGUAGGGAAAUGUGGAAGAUAACCCUGUGACUGUAGAUGAACAUCUAUUCUGGUAAAUCUGUAAAUGAUGCCUAGCAUUAAAUUUAUUUUUAAAUUUCCUGCCUCGUGAAUCUGCCAGAUGCCAAAGUCUCACAGGUCUGCUUUAACUGCAUGAAGGCACAGAGGCAUCACUGUCAGUGGGUUUCCUCCUGCAAUUUGGGACCACAAGAAGAAGCAUUUGCUGAAAUGUACUGCAGUUUCCAGGAGCCAGAAAAGGAAAAAGGUGUCUUUCAAGUAGCUGGAGAUGAUGGAGAUGGCCAGGCUCCCUUUUAUCAGGGGAGGGGUAUCCUAAAGGUAUCUUGGCCUUGAGUUCAGUUCCCAGAGCUGCUGGUAGCAAACAUGCCUUUGCUGUGUGGGGCUGCAGCCCUGCUGAAGUCUCUGCUGCCUUGACACCAUGCUGGGGCCUUUCCCACCGUGAGCCAGGGAAAUGCUCUCACUGGGGCCAUGGUUGCAAACCAUGGACAAUUCUUGGUCCUGGGGCUCCACUGAAGCUGAAUAAUGCCAAAAAGGAGGAGCUGCAUUGUUUGCUGCCAUGUUUGGCCUCUGAGUGUGUCUGUUGAAUUUUCCUGCCUCCAAGGUCCAUCCCAGUAUUGCCAAUGUAGCAGCUGUUUAUUCAUUUGUUAACAGGGAGCACAAAUGCUUCUUUUGGGGACUGCAUUUCUUUCUCUGAAUUUCAAAGCUGGAAUGAAACUCUUGAACAGCAUGGUUAUUUUGUCUAAUGUGUUCUCCCCAAACUUCCAGGCUAAUCCAUUUGGGAAACAUGGAAGAUGUUCCCAAGAGACUCCUUAUUGCCUAGCUACUGAAGCACCUGCUAAAACUGAGCUCUUUUAAAAGCUGAAAAUUAUUUAAAUGUGGAAAAGAGUGGGUUGAUCUGGAAAAAAACCUUCUCAAAUGACUAAAAUUAGAAUGGAAUGUGUUAGAAGAGAAAUGGGGAAACUGGUGGGGGAGGAGGACUAAGGGUUUUUUUUUAAAUAAAAAUGCUACUGCUUGAGUAAUGAUCAAGGAAAUUCUGGUUAGGAUAUUAGCUGCUGCUCCAACCCAGAGCAAUUCCUGGAUUCAGAAAUAAUUAUGUUUUCCUAAAGAUAGAUCUACAGUACAGACUCCAAGGUUUUUUUCUGAGUUAGUCUAAAGCAAGGAUCAGCUUGAUGUUUAUAAAUGAAACUUUUGAGUAAAUGCUGGUAGUGAACCAAAUAAAUACAUUUUUUUUUUCUUAUAGAGCACCUAAUAACUGAAUAAAUAAUCUUUGCAGAUUAACUCCUGCUCUCCUAAAGUUGCCUGAGUAAGCUGCUUGCAGAAAGCUUGAAGGUGAAGUUACCUUUCAUUUUUGCUUUUGGAAUUUUGCAUUUCUGUCUUGCACUUUAGCACUGCAUAUUUGACUUUUGUCUUGAAUAAAAUUCUAGUAAGUUGUCCCAA